AUGACUCGUUUCCGUCCUUGUAUAGAUCUUCACGCUGGCCAGGUCAAGCAGAUCGUAGGCGGCACGCUUACAGAGAAAGACAGCGACCUCAAAACGAAUUAUGUCUCCCAGCAUUCUGCAGCUUACUAUGCGAACCUUUACAAAGAGACCAACUGUCUCGGCGCACACGUGAUCAUGCUUGGUCCAGGAAACGACGAUGCUGCUCGUGAAGCACUUUCUGCGUGGCCGGGCAAACUGCAGGUCGGUGGUGGCAUCACAGACCAGAAUGCACAACAAUGGAUUGAUGCUGGUGCUGAAAAGGUAGGCUUGCGACGAUCCGAGGCUGAGACCAGAAUAUCGGAGCUGAUGACUGAGAAGUGGCGCAAGGACGAUACCUGGUUCGUAGCUAUGAACAAAUGGCAGACCAUGACUGAAAUGGAGAUAACCAAAGACACAAUAGCGAUUCUUCAACCCUUCUGUUCUGAGUUUCUGGUUCAUGCCGCCGACAACGAAGGCCUCCAAGCAGGAAUCGACCACGAGCUUGUCGCCAAGUUAGCGGAGUGGUGCACCAUCCCAGUCACUUAUGCAGGCGGAGCUCGAACAGUGGAAGAUCUAGAGCUCGUACGAGCAGCCAGUGAUGGCAAAGUUGAUCUCACAAUCGGCAGUGCCCUAGACGUUUUUGGUGGAGAAGGGGCCAAGUUCGUAGAUUGUGUGGCUUGGAACAGUGUACAGGAGGGCUUUACGUAG